AAAGCAUUUCAUAAUUGACUUAUUUUUAUGUUUUUUUUGUUGACAUUUGAGUCAAACGUAAGUUAUGUUUUCAAAUGAAUGCACUUUUGUUUUGAUGACAAACGCAUUGUUUUCAAUGCUUUUACCGAUAUUUUAGUGACCACUUUAUGACCAUUUCAUUGACUAUAAGUUAUAGAAAUGCCUCGACUGUCGACAUCCGAAGUGACGGAACCAAUCGAUACUGAAGGACCAAAGUUUGUAGGAAUCAAGUUCUGUCAGGAAUGCAACAAUAUGUUGUAUCCGAGAGAAGAUAAGGAGAACCGGGUAUUACUAUAUGCUUGCCGAAACUGUGAUUACAAACAAAUAGCAGACAAUAACUGUGUUUAUGUUAACAAAAUCACUCACGAAGUCGAUGAAUUAGCGCGUAUUGUCAGUGAUGUCAUCCACGAUCCAACUCUUCCGCGAACUAAAGAGCAUCCCUGUCCUCAAUGUGGUCAUAAGGAGGCCGUCUUCUUUCAGGGACAGUCACGUCGGGCUGAAGAUGAUAUGAGACUAUACUAUGUGUGCACUGAUCCCAAAUGCACUCAUAAGUGGACCGAAUGAAUGAAUCAAAUUUUAAUCAUUUUUAUCUCUCUCUACACAUCUUUUAUCAUUUUUAAAUUAUU